AUGUCAUGCCGAAAUUGUGCCUCACUUAGACGUCUAUAUUCUACAUUUAAUAAAUCUAAUAAAUCUGAUUUAGACCAAUUAAAGCAUUCAUCUCGGUUUAAAAUUGGUUUUAAAUAUAUAUUAUCCAAUGCAGCUAUAUGCGGUGUUGUUGGUGGUUCAAUUUAUCUAUUCUCCGAAUCUAGAAAAUAUUCUCAAAGAGCAAAAAUUCAAUCUAGCGUACAGGGUACACCUUUAAUUGGUGGUAGUUGGUCUUUAAUUGAUCAUAAUGGGAAAAGACGCAGUGAAAAAGAUUUUUUUGGAACAUAUACUUUAAUAUAUUUCGGUUUUGCGAAUUGCCCAGAUAUAUGUCCUGAAGAAUUGGAGAAACAAAAGAUUGUUUUGGAAAAUAUAGAUAAAAAAUUCGGAAAUGUUAUUCAACCAUUAUUUAUAUCAGUUGAUCAUAAUCGUGAUACUCCUGAGAAAUUGAAAUCUUUUGUUAAACUAUUUCAUUCUCGUUUAAUUGGAUUAACUGGGAACGAAGAUGAGAUUAAAAGAGUUACAAAAUUGUUUAGGGUUUAUUAUAAUCCUGGGGUUAAAUCAGAUGGAGAAUAUUUAAUUGAUCACUCAAUUAUCCAUUAUCUUAUGGACAAGCAGGGAAAAUUCAUAGAUCUCUACGGUAAAAAUCUUACACCGCGUGAAAUGACAGCUAAAAUAAUGCAGGUUAUAUCACAGCGGAAAUGA